UUACGUGUGUGUGUAUGCGCGCGUAUGCAUGUGUUUGAGAUGGGGGCUGCGGUCUGUCAGACUGCAAGUGGAACACAAAGUACCUUCGGUUGGAGAGGGCGGGUCGAACACAACGUUACCGCCAGCGUCGUGACACUACUAGUACAGGCUGCCGGCGCGAUUCCCUGAAGUUACAUUACGGAUAUAGAACCACAUGAGAGGCAGAAGCGAGAGAGCCAGUUCGGGUAGCGGGACUACAGAAAUGAACACGCACAGGGGCGAGUUUACAGAUGGGCGGUCCAUAGCAGCACUCUUUGCCAAAGAGGGUAUUGACAUCACUUCGAACAAAGAUAAGGGUGUUUGCAAGGUGGUGAGGAGACAGGGAGCACAGGGGGAAAGUCCCAUGAUCGGUGAUAAGGUGUUUGUUCAUUACACUGGAAAACUGCUCAAUGGAAGGAAGUUUGACUCAAGCAUUGAUCGCAUGGAGCCGUUCAGCUUUAACGUGGGAAAAGGCCAGGUGAUUAAGGCCUGGGACAUCGGUGUGACCUCCAUGCAGAGAGGGGAGGUCUGCACAUUUCUGUGUAAGCCAGAGUACGCCUAUGGCAAAACUGGCAACCUCCCCAAAAUCCCCCCGAACAGCUCACUAGUGUUUGAGGUGGAGUUGCUGGACUUCAGUGGCGAGGAGUUGACGGAAGAUGGGGGCAUCGUGCGGAGGAUAAAGGUCAAAGGUUCAGGCUUCACCAAUCCCAACGAUGGAGCAACGGUCCAGGUACACCUCGAGGGUAGUUGUGGAGGUCGAGUGUUCGAGUCGCGGGACGUGCGCUUCAUCGUUGGAGAGGCCGAGGACGUCGGGGUGCCCUUGGGAGUGGACAGGGCCAUGGAAAAGAUGCAGAAGGGAGAAUGCUGCCUGCUGUAUCUCAAGUCCAAAUACGGUUUUGGAACUGAGGGGAAACAGAAGUAUGACAUUGGACCAAAUGCUGAUCUGGUAUAUGAAGUAACACUCAAAGACUUUGUAAAGGCCAAAGAAUCUUGGGAAAUGGACCUGAAUGAAAAACUUGAACAAUCGGUUUUGGUCAAACAGAAAGGGACUCAUUAUUUCAAGGCCUGUCGAUACCACCAAGCUGUGAUCCAGUACCAGCGCAUUGUGUGUUGGCUGGAGAUGGAGUGUGGAGUGAGCAAACAGCAGCAACAGGCUAUCCAGGACCUGCUGCUUGUAGCUCACCUCAACUUGGCGCUCUGCUACCUUAGACUGCAGGAGUACUCACACGUGAUUGACAACUGCAACAAGGUGACUGAAAUCGAUGCUGACAACGAAAAGGCCCUUUAUCGGAGAGGGGAGGCUCGUCUUCAUCGGAACGAGUUCAGUUUGGCAGUAAAAGAUUUCCGGCACGUUCUCCAGGUGAACCCCUCCAAUCGUGCCGCUAAUUCUCAGAUCACUGUCUGCCAGAGGAAGAUGCGUGAGCACCAUGAACACGACAAGAAGAUCUAUGCCAACAUGUUCCAGAGGUUUGCGGAACAUGAUGCUAAGGUGGCCCGGCUAAAGAGGAAGCGUGAUGGCGGCAUGGCAUGCGACCUCAGCAGUAAACGAAAACACCGCAGAAGCCAGGACUGCUCCUGAUCCAGGGGGUGGAGGAGCGCAGGGUCCAUUACCAAAGCCACAACCCCAGAGGAGCGCAGGCAGGCAGGCAGGCAGGCAAGGGGCCACGUACCAGGGGCCUGACCUCACCCAACACUUCACACUGAAGAAGCUGGGGGGGCAGCAGCCUGGGAAUAAUGGAACCCCAUACCCCUCUCUGCCAAAAACAAACAAAAUAAAGCAAAUCAGCCCUGACCCCACCACUGGGAUAAGGGGACGCUCCAAAGGGCAUUCUGUCAAAGACUCUACGUGGCAAACAAACAAAACAAGACAAAACUGGGGAAAGCUUGAAAAACUGCACAUGGUUCCUACAUGUCCUCUUGCAAAUACCCUCCUUAGCCGCUUUGCCUGACCGAUCUCUCUGUCUGGCUUUUUCUGUGUAAUUUAUAGUUAAAUAUUGCAUUACCUGAACGAUCUCUUAAUAAUUUGUUAUGCAACUGUGUGGAUGCUCCAGAUUUAGUUUGGCUUAGAUGCAGUAUUUUUUUUGUUAUCUGUUUGUUUAUUUAGCACAAAGGGACGAGGUGUCUGUCAGCUGGAUGGACAUGAACCUGGUUGUUACAAACAGUGCAUUGACAUCAGUAUGAGUAUGACUAUCUAGUAUGUAGGAUACAAGAUGCCGUUCAGUUGACACUGUUUAAAGUGUUAACAGUUCUCUCUUUUAUGCAGACAAGUGCACUCUUUCCCAAGGGAAAAAAAACACACACAAACGUGACUAGUCAUGCCUGACAUUAAAGAGCGACUCUUCUGGGACUAUGGACGUGCUUCAGUGUCAGUGAAAGAUCCAGACGCUUCUCAAGGCCCUUUGGAUUGCUAUCACUGACUCACACUCACUCAUCAGCUGUGAGCAUGAGGGAAAGCGCCGGUUUCUUGGCAUGUUAUUUUGGUACAACCAGAUGGUCAAAAUGGGCACAAAUGUUCUCCAAAAACAAACAAACAAACAAACAAACAAACAAAAAAACAACAGGCAGCAUCAAUCUUAUUGAAACUUUGAUAGUUUGGUUUAUAUGACCCUUUGACUCCUGUAGUGGCAGAUGAUCUCUCUUCCAAUGUGUCCUUAAACUCUGCUGCACUCUAAAUGAGUACUGCUCUCAUUUAUACUCAUCAGAUAUAGUGUCAUUUGAACUCUCUCAUCUGAUUGGGUAGUUUACAUCAAGUGCUGUUUGUACUGAUUCCAUUCAAUAAUGUAUUUUGUUGAUCAAUGAAACUGUUGUUCUAGUUGACACAUUUAUUUUGCAUUGGUCGGUUAUAAAGUGUUUGGGUGUUUACAGCAGUUCACGGUAAUCAAAAAAAAAAAAGAGAGAUUCAAAGCCCACUGCCUUUUCCUUAUUCAAGGCUGCUGUUUUAUUCUGUGUUCAGAUGUUUGUACAAUCUUUUCAGAGCUGUUUCAGAGGAGACAUCAAAUUCUUCCUCUUUCCUUUCUCUAUUCUGUUUACGUCUGUAAUGUUUUGUGGUUCUUGUUUUUAAGCUCUUGCUCUAUUGCCUUGGUCAUCAAUAACCACAUGAUUACAUGCAUUAACUUUUCUUUA